AUGGAUGUUCUUGCAGCAACAAAUUGGUCCUCAUCCGAUGAAGCACCAUAUGAAUCUUGGCCCAUUUCUAAUAUCAACAGAGGACAUCCCCACCGCACAUUGGUUGUGAUUAAGGCUUUGGUCGCCGAGAAGCCGGAGUUUGUGCCGUCUUUGGUGAAUUACAAUCGUUUGAUUGAUGGGUUGUGUAAAUUGGGGAAAUUGGAAUCCGCGCAUGUGAUGUUUUACCAAAUCUUAUCGAGUGGGCAUUGCCCUAGUGUUGUUGUCUCGUAUACUACUUUGAUUCAUGGGGAUUGUGAGAUUGGGGAUAUGGACGCUGCCCAGAAGGUGCUCGAUGAAAUGUCUGAGAGGGGCGUGCGUCCUAAUGCGUUUGCUUACUGUGCUUUACUUGGUGUGGUUUUGAGGAAAAGGGAGUUUGAGAAAGCGAAUGUCUUGAUCGGAAAAAUUUGGGAGGUCAUGGAAUCCACCUUUGAUGUGAAAAUUAAUAAUGCAGCAUUUAGCAAUGUGAUUGAUUAUUUGUGUAGAGAAGGGUUGUUUCAUGAGGUGUUUAACAUAGCAGAACAUAUGCCGCAAGUCAAGAACGUUCACCAAGAGUUCUCUUACGGGCAAAUGAUCGAUUCGCUGUGUAGGUCUGAGAGGUAUAAUGGUGCUACCAGAAUUGUAUAUAUAAUGAGAAAGAGGGGUUUUUCUCCAAGUUCAGUUUCAUAUAAUUCAAUUCUUCAUGGUCUAUGCAAGGAUGGUGAUUUCUUGAGGGCUUUUCAGUUGCUCGAAGAAGGUAUAUGUCUUGGUUACUCACCCUCCGAGUUUACUUAUGCAAUCUUGGUUGAGGGUCUAUGCCAGCAAUGUGAAGUAGAUAAAGCAAACCAAGUGCUAAACGUGAUGUUGAGUAAGAAGCAUGUGGAUGGGACUAGGAUAUACAAUAUCUAUUUGAGGGCUCUUUGUCGAAUGAAAAACCCUUCAGAGCUUCUAAACGUGCUUGUUUUGAUGCUGCAGUCGAACUGCCCACCUGAUAUAAUUAGCCUGAAUACUUUGAUAAAGGGCUUUUGCAUGAUGGGAAAGAUGGAAGAGGCUUUGCAGGUGCUUAAUGAUAUGAUCAAUGGUAAAUUUUGUGCUCCGGAUAAGGUGACCUUCACUACUAUUAUUCAGGGGCUUCUAAAUGUUGGUAAGGCUGAAGAAGCAAUGAGAUUCUUGCAUCAUGUCAUGCCAGAGAAAGGGUUUUCCCCUGGUGUCGUGACAUACAAUGCUGUGCUUCGUGGAUUGGUUAAACUCGGCCAAGCCAGAGAAGCUAUGGAACUUUUCAAUAAUAUGAUCUGCCGUGGGGUGGCUGCUGAUUGUUUGACUCACACUGUUAUAAUUGAAGGGCUGUGUGAGUCUAACUCAAUUGAUGAUGCUGUGAAAUUUUGGAGCAAUGUCGUUUGGCCUUCUGCGGUUCAUGACAGUUUUGUGUAUUCUGCUCUGCUUAAAGGGCUUUGUCGUUCAGAGAGGUUUAGUGAGGCGUGUCACUUGCUAUAUGAAAUGGCAGAUUGUGGAGUCGCUCUUAACAAUGUGAAUUACAACAUUGUGAUUGGUUGUGCUUGCAAGUUAGGUUUAAAGAAGGGAACUUAUCAGAUUGUGGGCGAGAUGAGGAAAAAUGGCUUGAGGCCCGACUCAGUAACGUGGAGAAUACUGGAUAAAUAGCAGGAUGCAGUAGCGAAGACAUCAUCAUCCGCUAGACUAGCUGAACAGUUAUGAGGAUUGUGCGAUAAGAGAUGAAAACCGUGUUAAUCUAAUCUGUAUCAAGGCCCGUAUAAUAUCAUAUGAUAAUGCUACUCAAAGAACUUUCUCACUCUUGAUCUUGUCAAUUUAGCAAGCAACUGAGAUGUUCCUUGUUUGAUGAUAGGAGAUGUUUGAUUAGUUUGAAAGGCUUUCUUUGUUUGAUA